AUGACGUAAGUAAGACCGAUUGAUUCCAAGUUUAGGCAACACCUAAGGCAGUGUGGUCUUCGAUGAUCGGAGCAAGAGAAAUGGCGGUGGCUCGGCAGCUCCUAAAAGCUUCAUGAAACAUGAUUCAAGUAGGAAAGGCAUCCCAUGCGAUCGGCUUUUGAUCAUGAGGGGGAAUGAGACGAGGCGAAGAACUUGGACUGAGUCAGCGUUGCAUUGCUUGCAUUGAAGCCAUGUAGCCGUGCCACAUCCGUUACUCUUAGGAUUAAAGAAACACUUGUGUGCAAACAAGACUCUAAUUAGCAGUGUAUGGGGUGACGUCAUUUUCAGGCAUUGUUUCACUUAACUGAUAAAUUUAGGCAACCUGUCAGCUUCGAGCUCUAACAGCGCCAAGUCUCCAAAUUCAAUAUCCUUUUGGAGAAACGCUGGAAGCCUCUUCAAUCUUGCCUUUGCAAUCAAGCUACGCGCCAACCUAUUGAACAUGGCAGAUUAUCCUGUGUGCUGCAUCGCCGAGAUGCCCCUUACUGUCUUGAACCAACUACUUGAUCAAGCACACGCGGGCAGCGAAGAACUCGUGCCAAACAGUGAACAUGAGCUUUCCAUUGUUGAGGCAGCCAGCGAUGGCUCCAGUACACUGUCCCACAAAGUUACAGUACCGCCAUUGAACGAUGACUUCAAGCCAUUCAUUGCUAGCUCUCUAGAGGAUGCAGCCCAGAAUGUUGGCAAAGCUGUGUACUUUGCUGUUCUUGAUCACCAAUCUACAACUGAUGGCUCCGCCACUCUGGUGCAUUGUCAGAAGGAUAGCCCUCUAGCAACCGCUCGGGUCACGUUCAAAUCGGUUCAGAGCCUCCUUGUGUCGCUUUCCAUGGCAACCAUAGGCUUCGAAGAGAUCAGCAGUAUUGCCAGUUCUCAAGGCGGUAUCUACGGAAGGGCUGCGGAAACCCCCAGAAAAGGGGCACCGGCUCCACGAAUGAGGCUUGGUGGUAACUGAGCAACAGUAUUGCGGUUAAAUUAAGUCUUGUUUCAAAAACCCCAGGCGGAUUGGCUGCACGAAUCUUUGGGCCUUUGUGUGGGGAUCAUCCUGGCUCGAACAAUUAAUUGUAGUAGAGUUAUGCAAAGCAAGCAUUUCAUCAGAUAGUCUUUCAGUGAAUACAAGAAGACUGUGUUCUAUUUCGAA